GAUAAAAAAAAAAAUCCAAAAAGCAAAGGAAUAUGGGACAGUAUAAAAUUCGGGUCAAACCCGGGUUACUGCACUACUACUGUAACUAAUUAGGGAUUCAAUCAGAAUCAAACCAAAGCAUCAUAGAUUGACAAAGAUAAGUUAGGGUUUAAGCUAGGGGCUCAAAAUGGCGGCAGCAGCAGCAGCAGCAAGAAGCAGACCUAACAUCCUCGUCACCGGAACUCCUGGUACCGGAAAGACCACUUUCUCGACGGCGCUGUCGGAAGCCACUAAUUUCCGGCACAUCAACAUCGGAGACCUGGUCAAGGAGAAGAAUCUUCAUGAUGGUUGGGACGAUAAGUUCGAUUGUUAUAUCAUCAAUGAAGACCUUGUUUGUGAUGAGCUUGAGAAUAUGAUGGAAGAGGGUGGAAACAUUGUGGAUUAUCAUGGCUGCGACUUCUUCCCCGAGCGUUGGUUUGAUCGUGUUGUGGUACUUCAAACAGAAAACUCGGUGUUGUUUGACCGGUUGAGUAGGAGAGGGUACACGGGUUCGAAGCUCUCAAACAACAUAGAGUGUGAAAUUUUUCAAGUGCUAUUAGAGGAAGCAAGAGAAAGUUACCCCGAGGAUAUUGUGGUUGCACUGAAGAAUGACACUGUUGAUGAGAUGAACGCAAAUAUUGCAACUUUAUCAGACUGGAUUAGCAGCUGGAGCCCUAUGCUCUCAUGAUUUAUGGUGUUGCUGUCAACUUUCAUUGUAUCAUAAUAGAUUAAAACUUUUGUGUGAGAUGAUACUUCUGCUUAGAGAGAAGGUUCAAGGGCGUGUUGCAUGCAACAGCCAGUUUCCUUGUUUUCUUUUGUUUUGCAGUAAGAAAGUAGCAAUUUAUGCAAAAACAACAGCCGCAUGGUAUUAUGGAAAUGAUAGCAUUUGUUUGACGGACUA